UUUCCUAUCGAAGCAGUACCACAUUCCCUCACCACCGAUCAUCGGUAUCAUUCAAGUUAUCUACGGUUGCAGAUGGAGAAAAUGGCGAAACAACAUUUUGUUUCGGAGUCAUUUUACAUAGUAUCCUUGGUGAUCCAGGGAACUAUCUUGAUUGUCUCUGGAUUGGGAACUUCACCUUAUAGAGACGAACAUACAUUUUACGCUGCAGAAAAUCGCGCACUACAAGGGUUAGCAUAUGCAACCAAAACUCUGCGUUCUCGCGUCAUCUGUGCACGGGAAUGCAGCAUGGAUGAACGUUGCAAGUCGCUUAACUUUAACGACUGCAAUAAAAUGUGCGAGUUGAACCUUGCCACAAGACGAGAUCAUCCCGAAGACUUCAAUGCAACUCAAGAAAGUGUGUACUUUGAUGCAGAUGAGAACACACCUCUCUACUCACUGGCUGAUAGCUCCUUCGAUCGCUACAGAAGUUGCAAGAUGCUCUUAGAUGCCGGUCAUCGUUCAAGCGGUAUCUACCCAAUCUACCCAGAGGGAUUCGGUGAUGGCGGUCUUCGUGUCUACUGUGACAUGGAAACUGACGGCGGAGGAUGGAUCGUGUUUCAAAGGCGACAAGAUGGCAGCGUGAACUUCUACCGUAACUGGGCCGAGUACCAGUCUGGCUUUGGCGAUAUGUCCGGUGAGUUCUGGUUGGGCAACGACAACUUGGUGACUCUGACAUCUGAUGAUUCACUAGGAACAUGGGAGCUACGCGUUGAUUUAGGGGACUGGGAGGGCAACACGACAUGGGCAAAGUACUCAGAUUUCCAAAUAUCCCCGGGUGAGUACAAUCUGACUAUUGGCCAGUACGAUGCCAGCAGCACUGCCGGUGACUCUCUUGCGUAUAGCAAUGGACGUCCCUUCUCAACAAAAGAUAAUGACAACGAUGCAAGGGAGUCAGAUAAUUGUGCACAAUCCCGCCAUGGAGCCUGGUGGUUUUAUAGUUGUUCGCACUCCAACUUGAAUGGUGAAUAUUACCCAGAUGAGCAUGCAGCCGCUGAUGAAAAGGGCGUGCAUUGGCGCCACUGGAAAGGCCAUUCCUAUUCUCUGAAAACCUGCCAGAUGAAACUCCGUGCUAUAUGCCUCAAUGAGUACUUGUUUGCGAACUGACAUUAAGUUGGUUAUUGUAAACUCAAAAUUGAAUAUUGACACGCCCACUGUGGAGGGCGUGGCAAAUUUCCAAAGCGACGGAGCCUACCGGAGUAUGGAUGUUAAAUCCUUUCCCGGCCUUAAAUAAUAGAUGAAAACCAAAUGGAAAAUACAUCGAAUGAAACGACGGGCUAAUGUUUAAUCGGGAAAUAUUUUUUUGGUCAAGUUUACAAUUAUUUGCGUCAUGACAACAAUUUAUUUGGUAGACUGGUUUCCACCUCUAUCAGAACCAGUGUACUUGCAGAGCAGAGCUGCUAGAGAGAAAACAGGUUUAUUUGGGUUUUUGGGGGACGCCUACAAAAGCGGAAAAAAGUAGGUGAAUUGAAAUAAUCCGCCGCAUAUCUAUAUUCAAUACUUUUGUUAUAAGUGGCAGCCAAAACAACGCAUUAUUUAACACUGUCCCGAGCUCACAAAAAGGAUAAAAGCUAAAUUUCAAAAUGUUUUAAGUCUUGAUGGAGAAACGAAUAUUGUAUAAAUGAACCAUUACAUCAAUGAAAUCUAGUUCAACAAAUAUAUUUUGACCAAAUUGUUUUUAGAGUGUUGUACAAUUUGGUUUUGUCGUUUCGCUCGAAAUUGUUAUGUAAAUAAAAAUGAAAUGAUAAGUACGAUUGUCAAAAAAAUCCGAAAAAACAAAAAAAAAAAAAACAAAAAAACAGUUGAUAUCCCAUUUAGUUAAUCUAUAGCUGAACAUACCGCUUGAUGUAACGUGUGCAUUACUACCAGUGUUUGAUAACUUAAAUUCAAAUUACCUGAAUGAUAACUGCUCGUAUGGAGUAUAAGGCUACAGGGUAAAAAAAAUAAUAAUAAUAAUAAUUUGGUUGGAUCUAAAGGUGGUUAUUUGCCUUCUUGCCUGUACAUUGCAUAAUGUAAAUAAUGACAUAUGACGCUGAAUAACCUGAGUUGAUAAGGACCAAUCAUUGUUGAUUCUUAUCACUCAGUUUACUGUUUGCUAUUUUGCUUGUAAAUUGCAUAAUUAAAUAAUGACACGAGGAUGAAUAACCUGAGUUGAUAAGGACCAAUCAUUAUUGAUUCUUAUCACUCAGUUUGCUGUUUGCUAUUUUGCUUGUAAAUUGCAUAAUUAAAUAAUGACACGAGGAUGAAUAACCUGAGUUAAUAAGGACCAAUCAUUAUUGAUUCUUAUCACUCAGUUUACUAUUUGCUAUUUUGCUUGUAAAUUGCAUAAUUAAAUAAUGACACGAGGAUGAAUAACCUGAGUUGAUAAGGACCGAACCAUUAUUGAUUCUUAUUACUCAGUUUGCUGUUUGCUAUUUCGCUUGUAAAUUGCAUAAUUAAAUAAUGACACGAGGAUGAAUAACCUGAGUUGAUAAGGACCAAUCAUUAUUGAUUCUUAUCACUCAGUUUGCUGUUUGCUAUUUUGCUUGUAAAAUUAUUGCAUAAUUAAAUAAUGACACGAGGAUGAAUAACCUGAGUUGAUAAGAACCAAACCAUUAGGCCCCCCAAAAAAGUCU